AGCUCGCAGGGAGGUAUGAGGGUCUGCAUGCUCUUUUACGUAAGGCGUAGGCAGCCCAUUUUUAUUCCUCCUAACUCAUCGGGAAAACCCGUCUUAUUUACGUAAUUCGUAGCAAGGCGAUCAAUGUUAGCGUAAUUGCCUUCCUUUAUGUAGCGUAACACGUAGGGGUUCUUCUAAAUUCAACGCAAAUCGUUGUCGGGACCCCCCAUGCAGACCCUCAGGUAUAUAUCAUAUUUCCUUGCCUGCGAGCUGCACAGUUUCUUCGCCCGUUCCUUGUGGCAGUCUUCAACGCGACCAUGCUGAUGGUGACGAUAUUUCUGGGUUUAUUGACCCUGAUUUUUGCCACCUGGUUGCUGGGCUACAUCAGACGAUGGCGGAUGCCCCCAGGACCAUUUUACUGGCCAAUCAUCGGAAACAUUACAAUGUUUGGUGGGAGGACAUAUCUCACCUUCAUCGACCUCGCCCAGAAGUACGGAGACGUUUUCAGCCUGAAGCUGGGCAUGACGGAUGUGGUCGUACUGAACAGUCUGGAUGCUGUAAAGGAGGCUUUGGUGAAGAAGAGUGCUGAUUUUGGAGGGAGGCCGAAGACACUGACCAGUGAUAUUGUGACAGAGGGUGGGCAAGACAUCGCCUUCACCGGCAACAGCCCGACAUGGAAACUGCAGCGAAAACUGUUCGUCAGCGCCGUCAGGACGUAUGCCUCUGGGAGAAACCUGGAAACCAUCGUGCACGAAUCUUUGGAAGACAUCAUCGCUGACUUUACCAACAUGGAGGGAGAACCGGUGGACCUCGAGGACUACAUCUAUAAAGUGGUUUACAACAUCAUCUGUGCCGCUUCGUUCGGUGUCAGGCACAAGAUGGAUGACAGCGACUUCCAGCAUCUACUGCAGACAAAUAAAGAAGGUGUUGAAAUUCUCUCCAAGGGGCUUCUUGCUGACAUCUACCCUUCCCUUGCAUUCCUUCCCACCCCUGCCAAGCGUGCUUGUCACGAGAUGUCAUGUAAUUUUCUCAAGUAUUUCAAACGUCAAGUGGACCAGCACCAGGAAACAUUCGACCCCGACAACCUCCGUGACAUCACAGAUCACCUGAUCAAGGCUCAGAAGGAGGCUGAAGAGGAGGGAAUCCAGGACAUCAACUCUCUCACAGACACUCAUCUCAGGCAGACUGUUGGUGACAUUUUUGGUGGGGGCACGAACACGACAAUCCACACCCUACGCUGGGCCAUCCUGUACCUUGCUGCCCACCCGGAGAUACAGGAGAAGGUGGCUGCUGAGUUAGACAGUGUGGUGGGCCGUGACAGGCUGCCGGAGCUGUCCGACCGUGAGGCCACGCCGUACACGGAGGCGACCAUGCAUGAGGUCAUGAGGAUGGGAUCGGUUACCCCGACAUCUUUGCCGCAUGCUACGACCGUAGACACAACACUGAGAGGCUACCAUAUUCCGAAAGGCACGUGGAUAUUUCCAAAUCUGUGGGCGCUGCACUAUGACCCCGACAUCUGGGGAGACCCGGACACAUUUCGUCCAGAACGCUUCUUGGAUGAUAACGGCAGGCCGAUACCAAAACCUGCCGCUCUGAUGCCUUUCAGUGUUGGACGUCGUGCCUGCCCUGGUGAGGCUGUGGCAAAGGCAGACAUGUUCCUCCUCCUGGCAGGACUGGUCCAGAACUUCCGCUUCAGCAUUCCAGAGGGGGGAGGUCCGCCUGAUCUAACACCUGAUGUGAGAGGAGGUGGGUUUGUCUCCAUGCCCGUUCCAUCUAAGAUCGUCAUAACUUGCAGAAAGUAGGACGGGAUCUAUCGGGAUGAACAAACUCAGGCAGCCUUUUUAUACCGUAGACUGGCCGGGCUCUCUUCAGGGCAGAUGAAGCUUACCACCGCCCCAGUAAUCUUUGUCACCCGGUAGUUGUUUAACGCGGUAGGAGUUAAGAUAUUGAGUUGGUCAAUGAAUCCUACCACCUACUAUCCGAUACAAAACAUUACCCGGCGGGGACAAGCUUCUAAGCACCGAAUACAGUCCAGCCAAAACACGGUAGACCGCCAGUAAACGCAACAGAUUGAGGGUUGAUUCCAAAUAUACGUUUUACUUGAUCAAGGAUAAGAAGUUUUGAAUUAGUUUUUUAAGGUGGUAGUAGCCAAUAAUGUUAUUGUUCUGUUAACAGCAAGUGGAUUUUUAGGAUUUCAAUAUCCCCAAUGUAUCAUAUUAUGCCGAAUAUCAUACCAUGUGUCAUCUUUGCUCGUCAUUUUAUUCUGUAGCGCUUUUAAGUUACACCAUAACACAUGGUAUUGUCUAGAAAAUGUACCAAGCUUACAUGUAUAUAAAUGGUAUUGCAGAUUAAGUCACAAAGACUUAAUGCAAUUGCACUAAUAACGGUUAAGAAAUCAUUCAUUCAAGGGCUUUGUACUCGAAUGAUUUGUUCCACAUAUGAUAUAGCUUUAUGUAUUUACAUGUAUAAUAUAUGACUAUAAAUACGACCCUUACAUGUGUAUGCUCUGAUCCAUACCUCUCGCUAAAGAUACUGUUGUGGAUAGUGUAUACGCUAUUUUGGACCAUCAUAUACCAUGUUUGUCCGUUGAAUAUUCUUACGUUUUAUCAUAUAUCUAUGUCAAAUUCCA